UCCGAGUAAUCGUAUCGAUGAACAUUCACUUUGAUUUUUUGGCCGAUUGGGAUCUUCAAACUCGCCAUGCAUUGUUUCAUCGCUUAGGCAAUGAACGCAGCUGUCACUUUUUCGUUGGGAUAAAAAUUUCCAGUCUCAGUGGUGCAUGUCAACAAAGGCACUCACGCUCUCAUGGUGGUGUUCACUCACCUAUCAAAGUUAUCGGAAAGCUACUCGAACACAGCAGAGUGAGAACGAGGUGAAAAUUGUACCGGAGAUUAUCGCGGCGAUUUUAGUUCAAAAUAUCGCGUGAAAGUGAAUCACUAUGAGUGAAAAACGGAAGCUGCAGAGGGAUGUGGUGUUAAGCGUUGUUGAAGAAAUCGCGGGUGCAGAUGGUAAAACGAUACGGUAUCGCUGCCGUGCUAACUGCGAUGAAAAUAUGCAGUGUAAUUAUGUGCAAACAGUGUUCGUUCCCGGAAACUUCAAGCGACAUUUAGUCAGCUGUCACCCUAAUGUCGCCAAAGAGCUCGGAUUUGUGCUGAAGGAAGAGCCUCCAGUUAAAAAACCUCGCACAUCGAAGCUAAUUGUGGAGUCUUCUGUGAGCCAAGUUAUUCUUGGUACGCUACAAAUGGCAACUGAAAACAACAUGCCCUUGCGUUUCCCGGAAUGGUCAGGAACAAAAACAUUAAUCGCCCCGUUGUGGAACGCGGCGGGAUUGAAAAUGUCACCGGAAUUACUGACCGAGUUGAUCGGAAAUGCGGGUAUGCUUCUGCGCAAAGUGAUCACCGAAGAGUUGAAAGAAAAAGUGCUGUGCCUUAAAAUCGAUUCCGCAACCCGAAAAGGCAGAUCAGUUUUUGGAAUAAAUCUGCAGUUCAUCGAUGAAAAUGGACAAGUUCGCAUAAGACAUCUCGGUAUGUACAAGCACACUUUUUUGCACUAUAUAAAGGGUCACUCAAAAAUUGCAAAUGACACUCAGACCUUAUUAAAAAAAAAACAUUUAUUAAAAGACAUCCUAUUUAGGGUGCUUUUCUUUUUAAAUCAUUUUUCCAGAUAUUUAAAAAACUAUCAUUACAUAAGUAUUUCAUUUUAUUUGAAUGCUCUUGCAGCUGUUCACGAAAUGAUCGAACGCCAGACCAAAGAAAAUCUACAAAAAGUUAUGGAAGAGGAGCUUCAACUAAUCGGUGUUGACCUACAGCAGGUUCUAACGGUCACUCACGAUAAUGGCGCCAAUAUGGUUGCAUCCGUGAAGUGCUUGAAAGCAUUACUAUCCCAUCGCGAAACAAAUGAGCAUGCACCGCUUUCUUCCAUUUUCCAAGGGGAACAUAAUAUCAUGCAAUACGUUGAGGUCAAAGAUGAAGAAGAUUCUGAUAAUAACGACGACGACGAAGAAGUACACCUGGCUGAAGAGGACGAUCCGAUUGCAGACGAUUUUGUGGAUGGAGAAGGAGAUGAUCAUAUUUCAUUGGAUUGUACUGGUGAAGACGAGGAAAUUGAUCUACUCGAAAGCAUCAGGUGUGGUGCACAAGCAGUCUGGGAUGUCAUGAAGCCGUAUAAACGUCGACUCAACGAGAUCGACAAAAUAUGCAUUAAGAAGCGCCACAAGGAAUUCCAACACAUGUUCAAAUGUUACAAGUUUCCGGCUCCUCCGAAAGUGAAUGAAACCCGUUGGAAUGUGUGGUACUUAUUGCUGAAGUAUGUUAGGUCCUUGAAGGAACAUCCCAUUUUGGGCAUGCUGAAAAAUCAAGACUCAACCAUAGUUUUCACUCGUCACUGGACUUUCAUUGGUAAAUUUUGUGAAGCUUUCGAACCGAUGUUUGUUCUAACAAUGCAGCUUCAGAAGAACCUUGUACCUCUCUCACAGCUCUACGUGGAUUGGCUGACAUGCAUGGCGAAAUUGAAAACUAUUAAUGGAAAUACACUGGCAAAGAAACUGAUGAAAGCGAUGGAGUUCAGGAUGCAGAAAAUAAAAGGAAGCACAGCUUUUAAAGCAUGUGUGUACCUUGAUCCUAGAUUCAAUUAUAUUGGAUCCAAGCGCAUCUCUGCUGAAGACAAAGAGGAAGUGAAGAAAUACUUGCUGGCGUUGAAUAAGCGACUAGAUCAACUAUCGACCACCGAAACCCACGAAGAAUCUAUGGAUCAAGGACAGCAAGAAUUUCGGAACAACAUAGGGUAA